AAUUUAAAUGACGUGACCCAGUAUAAGAUGUUUGUCGAGAACAUUUACACUGUCGAUUGUGGCGAAUUGCACCCGAAACCAUUCAAGUUAUAGUUUCAAGCUGUCAGCAGCUUACAAAAUCUUCUACAUUUCGAAGUGAUCAAGUUGGUCUUUGAAGCCUUCAGGUUACAUCUUACCUCCUAGGACAUCUGCUGGCAAGCAUGGAUCCGGAUGAGGCUCUUGCAAGGAUGCUCCAGGAAGAGGAGCUGCGUGCUAUCCAGGCGAUGCAGGCGCAGCUGCAGCUACAACAACACGAACAGGGCGGGGGUACUCGGGGCGUGUCAGCAGCCGCCCACACCAACACGACUCAGUUUGCCGACCGCCUCCACUCAAUGCUCGACACGGCUCUGCGGUGCGAGGAUAAGGCCCUUCAAGAGCGCGCACGCGCCGUAAUGCCCCUGUCCCGCUUGCGCGGCGCUGCGGAGGAGGCCGCCACCCUGGCUCCCCGCCUGGGCCCUGACGUGGAGGCGCCUGCUAGGGAGGACCUGCUCGCCAAGAUGCUGCUGCGCUGGUUUAAAACCGAGUUUUUCACCUGGGUCGACACGCUGCCCUGCCACCGCUGCGGGAGUACCGCCACGCGCUUCGGAGGCGCCGCUCAGCCGCAGCCGGACGACCUAGCUGGUGGGGCAAAUCGUGUGGAGCUGCAUCACUGCAGUACAUGUGGUACGGCAACACGCUUCCCGCGCUACAACGACCCGGGUCGGCUGCUACAGCCGGGCUGCCGGAGGGGACGAUGCGGCGAGUGGGCCAACGCGUUCCUGCUAUGCUGCCGCGCGGCAGGCCUCACAGCGCGUUACGUGUCGGAUUGGUCUGACCACGUAUGGACUGAGUACUACAGCCACCGAAUGCGCAGGUGGAUUCAUAUGGACUCGUGCGAAGCCAGCUACGACCAACCGUUGUUGUACGAGGCCGGUUGGGGCAAGGCGGUGUCGUACGUGGUGGCGGCGGGCGUGUGGGGAUUGACGGACGUCACACGACGAUACACGGCACAAUGGCGACCUGAGGUUCUGCCCCGCCGUACACUGGUUCCGGAGCGUUGGUUGGAGCGGCGCUUGGAUGAGAUGACGACGGCCAUACGGGCCCGAUGGAGCGCGCCGCGGCGGCUGGUGUGGCUGGGGCGCGACGCGGAGGAACGGGUGGUGAGGAGUGGCUGCGGGGCCGGGUUUCGAAGAGAUCUUGCGGCUGCAUGUGUGGAGCCUGGGGUGCAGCUGGGGCCCGAGUUGCUUCUCUCUGGACCACUCCGGGCUUCAAACGACAGCAGCGGCGCAGCGCCUCGACAAGCGCUCCCCGGCCGUCAAACGGGAUCCCUGGAGUGGCGCCAGCAGCGCGGAGAAACCGGCUCCUCCAGUUUGACCCCGGCGGCGGCAGUGGCGCCGCCGGCGGUGGCGGCGGCACCCGCUGCUCGGCCGCCAACCUCUUAUCGACUGGCCGCCGACGAGCCCUCCCGGAUGCCGUACAAUGGGGUAUUUGCAUCGGCGGGGCGGCUGUCCGGCGGUGCAUGUCGAGCGGCGGGACACAAUGAGACGACUGAGGUAGUCGAACGGCUCUUCGACGGUCGUGUGGAUACUAAAUGGCUGGACUUCGGCGCGGCAGGCCCGGGAGGCAGCUCUUGGGUCGAGUACCGCCUGCCGACUGACCGAGAGCCUGUCGUGGUGGUUGGGUAUGAGCUGGUGUCCGCCAAUGACUGCCCGGAGCGCGACCCCGCGGAGUGGCGACUCGAGGCUGUUACAGAGCAGGAUUUCACGGCAGGCCGCCACGACACGUGGAUGGAGCUGGAUCAUAGGUCCAUUGUACGAUUCCCCAACCGCCAUUCAGUGUUAGCUUUCGACCUGGAGACACCGUCACCCCCUUGUCGCCGCCUGCGUCUGCGGAUCACCGCGACCUUCAACCCACGGGUCGCGAACAGCGUGCAGCUGGCAUGCUGGAACCUGUACGGCGCAGUGGCUGUCAGCAGUAGCGUCAGCAGUAGCGACAGCAGUAGUGGCAGCGGCAACAGGGAAAGAAUAAACCGCUCGCUGCGUGGCCUGCGGGAUAUGGUGACUGCCGCCGCUGCGGCGCCACCACCGCCGUCGCUAGCGCUGCUCAGCCGGAUUCUGGAGAAUAUCCUUCGCGAGCCGCAGGAGUUGCGCUUUCGUAAGGUUCGCUGUGUCAAGGUUUCUCAGAUACUGCAAGCACCGGCAGUGGCGGAGGUGUUCAUGGGCUACCUUCGGUUCCGGCCGCUAGUCGCACCGGUGUCUGCAACUGACGGGCAGAACAUGGGUUAUGUAGCUGCAGGCGAAGGCGAUGAGUUAAGGCGGGGCGGACAUGAUGUGUUCAUGCAAAAGAGCAACUCCCAAACCACCAACACGGGUAAUGCGACUUCUGAGGGGCUCACCUCUUCCAGCGUUCCCUCAAAUACACCUGUUGGAAUCCAUCACCGUCCUGACGCGGCAUGCCGAGCUGUGGCGGUGGCGGAGCAUCAAACCGACGCAUUGUCGUCUACAAGCGACUCUAUCGGAACAGCUAGUGUAGGCUCUGGCCACCCCUUACCAUCUAAGCUUGACAGUAUUGACGUCGCGGUUAUCGGAGCUGAUGUUGCCGGCUUGGCUGCAGCUCUAGCUGCAUGUAGGGCUAUUCCUGGCGCACGUGUCAUGCUGUAUGACACCGCUCUUGAACCGCCAACGGCCCGUGACGGCGGAGUGCUGCUCUCAGUAAAUGGUCUACGGGCACUGAAAGCGCUAGAUGCCAACCUAUACAACAGGAUUGCAACCGAGCUGUCCUCGCCGAUUCUUGAGGCCCUCUGGUUCGACCUCGAGGGUGAACUUGUGAGGCGGACGCCGCUGGGCCAGCCUAGUACCAUAUCUGCGGCGGCGCUGACCGUUCGUGGAGGUGGCGCUUCCAACAAGAGCCGUCGCCGAGUCGCGGCACGGCGGCUAGUGCCAAAACCGUCUGCUGGCGGAAACCCUGUUACGCCCGAUCCCACUCCUUCAGCCCCGCCGCUCGUCAUAUCGCUGUACGAUCUGCAAGAGGCGUUAUCAGAGGCCUUGCCUGAGGAGGUUCAAAUCUACGCUCGACAUCACCUGACCCAGAUUGAGGCUUGCUCCUCGUCCGGCGGCGGCGUUGGUGGCAGUAGCAUGAUGCUGCGCUUCGCCGCCUCCCGUAACGGCGCCCCAGUGCGGGCAGUGCGUACCAGGGUGCUUGUGGGCGCAGAUGGCCCCAAGUCGGCGGUCAAACGCCUACAGUUCGAUUCCCCACCAGAGCUUCAACAUUCUCACCCAUCUGACCAAAUCGUGUGGCGCGGCCGCUUUACGUUGCGUCCCCGAGACCCGGACUUUGCGCGCCUCCGCAACUUCUCCACUGCUUGCCGCACAUGGGUAGACUUGCGUGCCGCUCCCGGCGCGGAUCGAACUGCGACCUUGUCGCCGGCAGGACCAAAUACGUACGUCUGGAGCGCCAGCUGUCCUGCGACUCUUCUGGAAAAUCGGGGUCUGAGGAAAUCCAACGAAGCGGACGCGCCCUACUGGCGAUGCCUGGCAAUGUUCGAAGAUUUCCCUCAGGACUUCUACGCCGCGCUCCGCGCCACCAGCGCUACUGCCGUCGUUGAGUACGACACUUGCCGACAGCCGACGCCGUCCGCCGCCGCCGGCCUGGCGGCACCCUGGCAAUGGUUCUCCGGGCCAGCGGCACUCGUGGGUGACGCAGUGUACUCCCUGCCCGUCGACGACGCCAGCAGUACGGCAUUAAAUCUGGCGCUAGAGGACGCCGCUGUACUGGGAGCUAGUGUAGCACAGUACGGCCUGACGACGCGCGCAUUGCAGGAGUACGCGCGACAACGCGGCCCGCGGGUCAGUGCCAUCUUGGCGGCGCCGCCGUCGGCUCCUGAGCGGGUGCGGCUUCGAGAGGCUCUCUUUCUGCCGCAGACGCCAACGUCAACGCUGCCGCCAGCGGCGGUGGCGGCGGCACCGGCCGUCGCCGCGGACAACCUGAGUUUGUCCAGCACCGUGGCUGCAGCGGUGGACUCGGCCGCCGCAGCGGCGGCGGCAGUAUCAUCGCCGACGCAGCCCUUGGCGGAGAUCCUUGCGAACGCGGCGGCGGCGGCGGGCGCCUCCGCCUCCGCCUCCGCUGCCGCCACCGCGAGUCCCUUAGGUGGACUUCAGCAAGCCGCAGCCGCCCCUGUACGGCCCUAUGGCGGAGCCGCUAGAGCCGUACCGCCGGGUCCCGCUCCCACGGCGCUGCCGCAGCCGACGCUCUCCGGCCCAUCCUCGCCGAUAUUCAGCAGGCCAUCUGGGACGGCUGAGGAGGCCACGGCAGUAGCAGCUUCUCUAGCUGGCGCCGGGCCUUCCAGUGCUGCUGCUAGUGCCGCUAAGUUGCCGCCUUACGAAGCUAGCUCGUCGCCAAGCAACGUGUGGAAUUCGCUGAUGCCGACCCAUGGGUCCUCUCCGGCCGGCGGUAGCGACGCCGCACCUGCCCUGGAGCGGAAGCUUCGAGAAUACUGUUCCGCGGGGACGCCUUUGACAGUAUGGCAGGCGCUGCUUGGCGCCGCACCCGGCAAGGUGCAUGAUUUGCUCGCCUCACUGCCGUACAAUGCCGCGGAGACGCCGGCAUUGGUAUGGAUGUCGUUGGUUCGUUCGAAGGCCGCCUCGUCAUCGUCUCCAUCGACUCUUCCAGACGCCGCCGCCAACGCAGUAGCCAAUGCUACCUCUGUCUCCGGCUCCCAUGACGCAGUGCCCGCCGCUAGUGGAUCCGUUGCCGCUGGCGGAUCCCAUGGCAGCCCGUGCACGUUGCUACCGCGACCAGUGCUGAAGCAGAAGCCGGCGGCGGGUUCAGCCGCCGCUGCUUAUGCGGCCGCGCUCCCCGAAGAACCUUCGUCUGCUGUGCAGUCUCAGGGGGUUACUGGCGUUGUCGCGGACGGCUCGUCGUUACCGUCGUCAUCACCGUCGGCGACUCCGCCGUCGUCACCACAACGGCUCGUAUCAGCUGCUGCGGUUCCAGCAGAGGCAACCGCUUCCACGUCUCGUCUUGAGCCGCCGCGGCGGCGGCGGCUCCGAAGCCAAGCGGGUCCCGUCAGCGGCCGAUGGGCUGGCGGCGAUGGUGGCGGAAGCGACGGCGGCAAGGCUGCUACAAGGUACGGCAAGUCCAGGCGUUCCGCGGCUGCAUCCGCCGCCGCCAGCGCCGCCUCCUCGCCCUCCGUGGCGGCGGCAGCGGGGCCGUCAAAGCCCAAGGCUAAGGGGCCAGCAGCGGCGGCGGCGGCGGCAAAGAUGACGGUGAGCCUCAGCGCAGCGGCGGCGCUGGGCGGUGUUAUCGGUGCGGCUGGUGCGGGCCAUAUGCCGAUGGUUGACGUGGCGACGGCGCUGCACACGCACGGCGCUGUGGCGCAGUUUUGGGAGGAGCUGAACAAUCUCACGCUGUCGUCAGCUAGCUUGUCCAGUAUUGACCUGCCAUGA